CGAGCGUUGCCUGCGCUUCCGGGGACCUGGAGCCGAGCUCUAGAGUCUUCCGGUAGGCGGCGCGGGAGGAGAAGGAGUCUUGAGGGGCCGGGCCGGGCGGUUUCCCUUCUCUCCCAAUGUGAGCAGUGUCUCGAGCCCCCCGUCAGGCGAAGGCUGCCCAGAGAGGUGGAGCCGGUGGCCGGGCCGGGAACAUGAGGCAGUGUCUCCUCUUCCUGACCAGCGUGGUUCCUUUCGUGCUGGCGCCGCGACCUCCGGACGGGCCGGGCAUCGGCUCCCCGCAGCGGCUCGAAAAGCUUGAUUCUUUACUCUCAGACUACGAUAUCCUCUCUUUAUCCAAUAUCCAGCAGCACUCAGUAAGAAAACGGGAUCUACAAGCCUCAACACAUUUAGAAACACUACUAACUUUUUCAGCCUUGAAAAGGCAUUUUAAAUUAUACCUGACCUCAAGUACUGAACGCUUUUCGCAGAAUUUCAAAGUCGUGGUGGUAGAUGGUAAAGAUGAAAGUGAGUACGCCGUCAAGUGGCAGGACUUCUUCAGUGGACACGUGGUCGGUGAGCCUGACUCUAGAGUUCUAGCCCACAUAGGAGAUGAUGAUAUUACAAUAAGAAUCAACACAGAUGGAGCAGAAUAUAAUAUAGAGCCACUUUGGAGACUAAUUAACGAUACUAAAGACAAAAGAAUGUUAGUUUAUAAAUCUGAAGAUAUCAAGAAUAUUUCACGUCUGCAGUCUCCAAAAGUGUGUGGUUAUAUAAAGGCGGAUAAUGAAGAGUUGCUUCCAAAAGGGCUAGUAGACCAAGAGCCACCUGAUGAGCUUGUCCAUCGGGUGAAGAGAAGAGCUGACCCUAAUCCCAUGAAGAACACGUGUAAAUUGUUGGUGGUAGCAGAUCAUCGCUUUUACAAAUACAUGGGCAGAGGGGAAGAGAGCACAACUACAAAUUACUUGAUAGAGCUUAUUGACAGAGUUGACGACAUCUAUCGGAACACUUCAUGGGACAACGCGGGUUUUAAAGGUUACGGAAUACAGAUCGAGCAGAUUCGCAUUCUCAAGUCUCCGCAAGAUGUGAAACCUGGUGAAAGGCACUAUAACAUGGCAAAAAGUUAUCCGAAUGAAGAGAAGGAUGCUUGGGAUGUGAAGAUGCUGCUCGAGCAAUUUAGCUUUGAUAUAGCUGAGGAAGCAUCUAAAGUCUGCCUAGCACAUCUUUUCACCUAUCAAGAUUUUGAUAUGGGAACUCUCGGAUUAGCUUACGUGGGCUCUCCCAGAGCCAACAGCCAUGGAGGUGUUUGUCCAAAGGCUUACUAUAGUCCAAUUGGAAGGAAGAAUAUCUAUUUGAAUAGUGGUUUGACCAGCACAAAAAAUUAUGGUAAAACCAUCCUUACAAAGGAAGCUGACCUGGUCACAACUCAUGAACUGGGACACAAUUUUGGAGCAGAACAUGAUCCGGAUGGCCUAGCAGAAUGUGCUCCAAAUGAGGACCAGGGUGGAAAAUACGUCAUGUAUCCCAUAGCUGUGAGUGGAGAUCAUGAGAACAAUAAGAUGUUUUCAAACUGCAGUAAACAGUCCAUCUAUAAGACCAUUGAGAGCAAGGCCCAGGAGUGUUUCCAGGAGCGAAGCAACAAAGUGUGUGGGAACUCCAGGGUGGACGAAGGAGAGGAGUGCGACCCCGGCAUCAUGUACUUGAACAACGACACCUGCUGCGGCAGUGACUGCAUGCUCCAGGAGGGCGCUCAGUGCAGCGACAGGAACAGUCCUUGCUGUAAAAACUGUCAGUUCGAGACCGCCCAGAAGAAGUGCCAGGAGGCUAUUAACGCCACUUGCAAAGGGGUGUCUUACUGCACAGGUAACAGCAGCGAGUGCCCCCCUCCUGGAAACGCCGCGGAUGACACGGUGUGCUUGGAUCUCGGCAAGUGUAAAGAUGGGAAGUGCGUCCCCUUCUGUGAGAGAGAGCAGCGGCUGGAGUCCUGCGCGUGUAACGAGACUGACAACUCGUGCAAGGUGUGCUGCCGGGACCCCUCGGGCCGGUGCGUGCCCUACGUGGACGCUGAACAAAAGAACUUAUUCUUGAGGAAAGGAAAGCCCUGUACAGUGGGAUUCUGUGACAUGAACGGCAAAUGUGAGAAACGAGUCCAGGACGUCAUCGAGCGAUUCUGGGACUUCAUUGACCAGUUGAGCAUCAACACUUUUGGGAAGUUUUUGGCGGACAACAUCGUAGGUUCUGUCCUGGUUUUCUCCUUGAUAUUCUGGAUCCCUUUCAGCAUUCUUGUCCAUUGUGUGGACAAGAAACUGGAUAAGCAGUACGAGUCGCUGUCUCUCUUCCAUCCCAGCAACGUGGAAAUGCUGAGCAGCAUGGACUCGGCCUCGGUUCGCAUCGUCAAGCCCUUUCCGGCGCCCCAGACCCCCGGCCGCCUGCAGCCCCUGCAGCCCCCGCAGGCCGGCCCCGCGCCGCCUGCCCCCGCGGCCCCCAAGCCGGACCCGCAGCGCAUGGACACGAUCCAGGAGGACCCCAGCACGGACUCGCACGCCGACGAGGACGGCUUUGAGAAGGACCCCUUCCCGAACAGCAGCGCGGCCGCCAAGUCCUUCGAGGACCUCACGGGCCGGCCGGUCACCAGGAGUGAGAAGGCCUCGUCCUUCAAGCUGCAGCGCCAGAAGCGCGUGGGCAGCAAGGAGACGGAGUGCUAGGGGCCGCCUGCGCCUGCCCGGAGGGGCGCCCCGCGUGUGGCUCGCGAGGCCGUGGGAGAGACAGGGACCUCACGGCAGACGCCGGUCACGUGUUUGGGCUCCUUCACACGUGGUCAGUGACGCUCGUGUGCGUAGGCCCUUGUCCUUUGGAAGAGGGAAGGUGCAUCUGGCUUAUUCUGAGGUUUUCAGGUUUUAGUUUUUAAAAUCUCCUUCAACCUGUGGUGCAGAAGGGGAAAGUACAGCUGGAUUAGGUCAUGAACAUUUACGUUCUUGUAAAUGAACUUUUAUCGGGACCGGCCUGGUGGCUGUGUCUGCACCGCAGCGAGGCGCUGGCUCGAGGGAGGCGCUUAGCGGUCACUCCCGAGGGCGCCCGGAACGCAGCCUGUACUUUUUGCCUUCAGGUAAAGACCCAGGAGACCAAAACCGAAUUCUCCGCGGUUAUGUGGGGUCAUCCAGGGCGCGCAGCAGUGGAGUCGCCCUGUUCUUCCUCAAGUUAGAUGUGGGGGGGUCGCCUUCUGCAAAUUCUAAGGCUGGCACUUUCUAGAAUUAAAACGAUCUAGCUGACAAAUAGUAGCCAAAUUGAAUUCACAGAAUCCUGUCCCCCGUUUAAGACCCCAAUUUGCUGGGCGGUUUUUGUUUUAAAAGGAGGGCUGCCACCACGCUACGAGAGCGCUCGCUGUUCCCAAGCGCGAGCUGCUGUGCACGGAGACACGGCCACCCCGUUGCACACCGGUGGCCGCGGGGGCCCCUGAGCUGCUGCUUCUCCCCGGAGAAGCGGUGGUUUGGGAGGCCCAGGCGCUGCACAGGCGGGGACGCUUUCGCUCUGGGGCCUGGAGCUUUCUCCCUAAAGACCCUUUGUGGUGCACCGCUUCCCGAAGGUCUGCGUUUACUUUGUGAAGGAUAAAAAUCAUCAAAUUGAAUUCUGAUUUCUUUAAAAAAUCAUAGUUGGGGGGGGAAGCUUUUCAGCCCUGCAAUGUGCUUGACCGAACUUGUGAACUGAGGGCAAUUAACUAAACCUGUGACAAAUCAAACCUUUUCUUCUAAGGACGUUUAUUAUGCAGAUGCCUGUUACACUAAUACUUGAACUUCUACCUUAUGGUGUUUGCUGUCUUCUAACCAGUCAUGAUACAUUACACUUUUGGAAUCUGAUUAGGUGAGUGGGUGAAUGUGUGAGAGUGAACAGUUGCCAGCUCAGUGUAAGAAAAUCGUUUUUUAUAAAAUGGACUUUUUAAACAAA